AUGGAGGAACUGCUCAUGAAUGUACAUGGACAAGUGGAUCUGUGCAGCACCAGCGUAGCCAUGGAAGUGCCCUGCUCAGAUAUCCCUUCAAGAGAUCCUCUUGGCGCUGGAGCACAACUGAUUGACAGCCUCCAGAAAUAUGUGGGUUUGCAGUUUCAGGGAUCAGUGACAUUCAGGGAUGUGGCCAUAGCCUUCGCUCAGCAGGAGUGGGAGAGUCUGGAUUCUGCUCAGAGGGACUUGGACAGAGAUAUGAUGUUGGAGAACUAUAGGAACUUGGUCUCUCUGGCACGUCAUUCCUGUUCUAAACCACAUGUGAUUACCUUAUUGGAACAAUGGAAAGAGCCCUGGAUGAUAGUGAAGAAAGAUCAAGGGAGACAACACACAGAAUUUCAGUUGAAGGAUGAGAUAAUCAGCUAUAAAGAAAUGCUCACCUAAGAAAAAUUUGCAUCUUUUGCUCUGCAUCAGAGAAAUCUUCAUAAAGAGAAACCAUUUGAAUGUCAGAAAUGUGGGAAGACUAUCUGUCAAGUCUCAAAGCAUGUUCAACAUGAAAGAAUAUGUUCUAGUGAAAAAACCUACCAAUGUAAAGAAUGUGGGGAGAACUUUAGUAAUGGACAUCAGCUCACUGUACAUCAGAGGCUGCAUGUUGGUGAGAAAUCCUAUAAAUGUAAGGAAUGUGGGAAAGCUUUAAUUAAAGGCUCAGCCUUCGUUAAGCAUGGAAGAACUCAUACUGGUGAGAAACCAUAUGCAGGUGAGGAAUGUGGGAAGACCUUUAGCAGUAGCCAUCAAUUUACUGUACAUCAGAGUCUGCAUCCUGGUAAGAAACCAUAUGAAUGUGGGGAAUGUGGAAAAGCUUUUUAUAGUAGCUCAUACCUUGUUCAGCAUCAAUGAAUCCAUAAUGGUGAGAAAUCCUAUGAAUGUAAGGAAUGUGGGAAAGCUUUUAUAGUGUAUGGAAAGCUUAUUCGGCAUCAGAGUAUUCAUACUGGUGGAAAACCCUAUGAAUGUAAAGAAUGUGGGAAGGCCUUUAGUACUAGCUCCCCCCUUGUUAAACAUCAAAGAAUUCAUACAGGUGAGAAACCCUAUGAGUGUAAGGAAUGUGGCAAGGCCUUUACGUAUGGACGACUUACUCGACAUCAGAGUAUUCAUACUGGUGAGAAACCCUUUGAAUGCAAGGAAUGUGUAAAGGCCUUUAGACUUACCCUUAGUUCAUUUCUUAAUGCACAUCAGAGAAUUCAUGCAGGGGUUAAGCCCUAUGGAUGCAAGAAAUGUGGGAAAGCCUUUAGUUGUGCCUCAUACCUUGUUCAACAUGAAAGGCUUCAUACGGGUGAGAAACCCUAUGAGUGUAAGAAGUGUAGCAAGGCCUUUAGUACUGGCUUAUACCUGGUUCAGCAUCAGAGAGUUCAUACUGGUGAGAAAUCCUAUGAAUGUCAGGUAUGUGGCAAGGCUUUUAUUAGUCGCCAUCAACUUACUGUGCAUCAGAGGGUUCAUACUGAUGAGAAACCCUAUGAAUGUAAGGAAUGUGGAAAAACUUUUAGUCGUGCCUCAUACCUUGUACAACAUGGGAGAAUCCAUACUGGUGAGAAACCCUGUAAGUGUAAGGAAUGUGGGAAGGCCUUUAGUUCUGGCUCUUACCUCAUUCAGCAUCAAAGAAUUCAUACCGGUGAGAAAUGCUAUGAAUGUAAGGAAUGUGGGAAAGCCUUUACUGUGCAUGGACAACUUAUUGGGCAUCAGAGCGUUCAUACAGGUGAGAAACCCUUUGAAUGUAAGGAAUGUGGAAAGACCUUUAGAUAUAGUUCAGCCCUUAAAGCACAUCAGAGAAAACAUAUGGGUGUAAAGCCCUAAGAAUUUAAGGAAUUUAGGAAGUCCUUUUUGUUUGGCUUAAACAUUGUUCAGCAUCAGAGAAUUUGUGCUGGUGACAAAGUCAUCUCCACCAGUGAACUCCUGGGCUGGGGCGACAUCAUCUGGUAG